AUGCAUGAUAAUAUCGGUGAAAUAAUAGCAAUUAAUAGUUUUUUAUCUACCAGUAAAGAGCGUGACGUGGCUAUAUUUUUUGCUGCAUCAUCCAAUCGUUUUGAUGAGCACUUACAGCCAGUAUUAUUUGACAUUAUUGUCGAUCCAAAUCAAACAUUACAUCCAAAAGCAUUUGCAGAUAUCAGUAUGAUAAGUUCAAUGAACGAAGCUGAAGUAGAAAUUUUAUUCAGUAUGGGUUCACUUUUUCGCAUCGUAGAUGUUAUUGCUUUGAACGUUGAAAGCUGUGGCGAACUAUGGUCGGUACAACUUCAACUCUGUGAUGAUCGACUUGAUCAAGUCUGGUUAUCGAUGAAAAGUAAAAUACAGAGUGAUGAAUCGUUUUGUCAAAUUGGUCAAGUAUUGAGUUACAUUGGUGAAAAGGAGAGAGCCCGUCGUUUGUAUUUAUAUGUUCUCGGUGAUUUGUUUCCCAAAGCUGCUUCAGCAAAACCCAUCGACAAUCACCCAAUAGAAAUGUGGUACGUUGGUUCACUCUUUCAUGCCACAGGACAGAAUGAAAAAGCUUUGCCGUUUCUUGACAAAGCUUUAGAGUCUCAGCUAAAAGAAAGUGAUGAGAACAGCGAUCAAUACUACCUACAACUGUACGAUAUUUAUAUAGAGCGCGGCGAUGUACUUCAAAAACUCGAUCGAACAGACAGUGCUUUACACGAUUAUGAAUGUGCACUCAGCAUCGCAGGCAAAAAAUUUGGCGAUGAAGAUUAUAACAGUCUAAUUGCAUGGGUGAGAAUCGGUAAAUGUUAUAAAAAAAUUAAAAAAUACAGUGAAGCUUUGCAUGCAUAUAAUACAUGCUUGGGAAUUGCCGAGAAAGUCUUAUCCGCAAUGCACCCUGAACGAGCGUCUCUUCACUCCAGUAUUGGUGGUCUGCAUGUAGACUAUGAGGAGUACCAGCAAGCGUUGACACAUUUUGAGAAAUGUUUAGAAAUUAAACUCUCUAUUGGGCCCAGCAAUCGUUCACUUGCUGAAACGUACUAUAAUAUUGGAUUUACACAAUGUGCGCUCAAAGAUUUUACUAUAGGAUUAGAAAAUUUAAAACGAGCGUUUGAAAUGUUUCAAAAAUGUUUUGACGAUCCAUCAAAAGAGCCCACUGUAAUCCGUGUUCAAAAUGCUAUAAUCUUAGCACAAGAAUUACUGCGUCUUCAGAUAUAUAAAGAACAAGUGCUCACCGAAAUGCUUGAUUAUCUUGAUGUUGGAAGCGAUAGUGACACUGAUGAUGAAGAGAAAACCGUAAAUUCUGAAACAAAUGUUACAGUCAAUUGA